CAAUGAUAAGAUUACUAAACUAUAAAUAUGAGAGGAACAUCAAACUAUAAAUUCAGUAAGUGUUCUGACAAACUAUCUGUUGACCAAAAUGAAAGGCUUAUUAUUACUGUCGCUAUUUUCCUGCAUAUACGCACAAAGUCAAGAUUUAUGUGGCAGUGCUACACCAGAGCCCACAACAGGAUUCACAUUUGCUGACGAUCCCUCAUCUUGCACAGCCUAUUUAUGGUGUAAUUACAGAGGAACUGCUUUAGUUUCAGUUCACCAAGGAAAUUGUGAAGCUGGUUUUAAUUUUAAUGCUGCAACAAGUAGUUGCAGUCCCGCUGCUUCAUUACCGUGCACUGAAAGAUGCCAGCUUGUUGAUCCAGCUGUUACCCUAAGGGCUGCUGUUCCAGAAGACACAACAUGCAGAAGCUUUCAAACGUGUCAAGGCCCUACUGUUCAACCUACAGUUAUUACAUGCACAGCACCAUCUGUAUUUAAUCGCAAUUUUGGUGUUUGUACAUCCGCAUCAAUAGCUCCAUGCGCGGGUAGCAAUCCUGAAGAUGCACUUUGCGAAGUAGGAAGUGAUGGAUUCUUUAACGAUGAGGCAGGUUGUGGUAACUUUAUAUUCUGCAAGAAUGGUGUUGGAACUAGAGAAACGUGUCCAAAUGACUUCCAUUUCAAUACAGCUGGUAAUUUCUGUGAUCAACCUGGAAAUCUCAAUCCACCAUGCACUGAUCCAGCUGUUGGUAAUCACAAUAAUGGAUUUGAGAUUCCAAAGCCACCACAUGUUAUUGGUGGAAUCAGAUUACCUUAUCAAAGAAUGUCAAGGCUUUAAAAAAGUUAUAUGAAAUAAAGAUUGUG